UGUUCAUUUUCAAACAACAUAUUAUUAUUUAUUAAUAAUAUACUAUUUAAACCUUUCUCAAUACCCUCACCAUUAAUUAAACACCCACAAAAGUAUAAUAUUACCCAUUAAUGGAGUUUAUUAAUAAUUUGUGUAUUUUGGUAAUUUCCUUGGUAUGUAUUUUUAUAGUACCUUGGUUAUGGAAGGUUUUAAAUUGGGUAUGGUUGAAGCCAAAAAAGCUUGAAAAAUGCAUAAGAAAACAAGCGUUUCAAGGAAAUUCUUAUAGGGUUUUGUAUGGUGAUACUAAAGAAAUAGCUACCAUGGUGAAAGAAACUACAUCUAAACCCAUGGAUCACUUUUCUAAUGAUUAUAUCCCUAGGGUCUUCCCAUUUCAUUAUCAAAUUAUGAAAAAUUAUGGUGAAAAAUCAUUUGUAUGGGAUGGUCCAAUCCCAUCAUUAAUGAUAACAAACCCAGAAGAAAUAAGAGAAAUAUUAAUGAAAAUUUAUGAUUUUAAGAAAAUAGUGCCAACUCCACUCAUAAAGAGGCUCACCAACGGGCUAGUAAGGUUGGAAGGGAGCAAAUGGGCGAAAGAAAGAAAACUUCUUAAUCCUGCCUUCCAUAUGGAGAAAUUAAAGCAUAUGAUACCAGCUUUUAAUGCAAGUUGUAAAGAAAUGAUAAAAGAAUGGGAGAAAAUUGUAUCAAAAACAGGGAGUGGAGAGGUAGAAAUGUGGUCAUAUCUACAUAAUAUGUCAGCAGAUGCAAUUUCUCGAGCAGCAUUUGGAAGUAGUUUUCAAGAAGGCCAAAGGGUUUUUGAACUUCUAAGAGAACAUACUUCUAUUACUGUACAAGCUUUGCAAUCUGUCUAUAUUCCUGGAUCCAGGUUCCUUCCAACCAACACCAAUAGAAGGGAGGCAAAAAUAAUCAAAGAAAUGGAAUCAUUACUUAAAGCUAUGAUCCAAAGAAGGCAAAAUGCUAUAAAAAAUGGAGAAGAUGGGAAGGAUGACUUGUUGGAUUUACUAUUGACAUCAAGCAUAGAAGAUAAUCAUCUAAAAGAUGGAAAUAGCAAAGAACAUGUUAAAUUGGGUAUGAAAGAGAUAAUUGAAGAAUGCAAAAUGUUUUACAUAGCUGGACAAGAAACCACUUCUUCUUUGUUGACAUGGACACUUAUUUUGUUAAGUAAGCACCAAGAUUGGCAACACCAAGCAAGAGAAGAGAUCCUAGCUACAUUUGGGGAUACUAUCCCUAAUGAUGUUGGCUUAAACCAACUGAAGAAGGUAAACAUGAUACUUCAAGAGGUUCUAAGGUUAUAUCCACCGGUAGUUACCUUAGGUCGAAAAGUUUCUCAUGACAUGAAGGUUGGAAAUAUGGAUUUACCAGCCGGUGUGCAAGUUAAACUUCCUACUAUUUUCAUUCACCACAGUGAAAAAUUAUGGGGUAAAGAUGCAAAGGAGUUUAAUCCAAAUAGAUUUUCACAAGGACUUUUGAAAGCCACGGGAGGAAAUAUGUGUUUCUUUGCAUUUGGAUGGGGUCCACGUAUAUGUAUUGGCUCUAAUUUUGCAUUACUUGAGGCUAAAAUGGCAUUAGCUUUGAUUUUGCCCCAUUUUUCAUUGGAGUUGUCACCGUCCUACGCUCAUGCUCCUACAAUUGGUCAGGGUACUCUUCGCCCUCAAUUUGGUGCCAAGUUAAUUUUACACCGUAUAAACAAUAUCUAAAGAUCAAAAAUAUGUUGCCCUAAUUGAGGUCGAUGCGGAAUAUGUUAACUAAUUUAGUUGGAUCGAAUUUUGUGAUGAUGGAGGUUAGCAUGGCAUUGGAAAUGAUUUCGCAAUGCUUUUCUUUCUAGUUUUCAUAUUUUGAGUGUUGUCUUUCUUGACAUUUUUAGCAUCUAUGUGAAAUAGCAAAUAAACAACCUUUAGCAUGCUAUUUCAAUCAUAGGAAUAUGUAUUAAGUCGUGAGUUACAUCAAUUAUAUAUUAGAAAACAAACAAGUUCGUUUUCUACUGUUACUCCAUAAAAAUCACAAUUGAAACUAGUGUCACAUGAUUCAUUAAUCUCCUCGCAAAUCGCGAAUUGAAAAAAGCGAAUUAUGAUCAGUUUUGGGCUUUUCUUGG